AUGCUUCCGCAGCAUUUCGACCUAUUGAAAGGCCUUGUUAACACAAAUUACGUGGAGCAGGCUCAGCAGGCCAGGAACUCGCGUUCGAAGCAGGUCACCACCCUUUUGACGCAGCGCCGGCUUCCCGAUACAGGCUGGAACGAGGAUGACAUACAGCUGCUACUGGAGGAGAUGGCGUCGUUCGACACGAACAACUUCCAGGGCAAUGUCGGAGUCGGCGAGCGGGAAGGCCGCGUCAUCAGUGAUCUGGUUCGACGAAGACACUUCGGCCUGACACAUGGCAUCGGUCGAAGUGGUGAUGUCAUGGCAGAGCAGCCCAAAGCAGCUGGCUCAUCCCUCAUUGUCCAGCUGACCAAAUACCUAGCCUUGGAUGCGAUCCGUUUGGCUGGGAUCAAGGCAGUCAAGGCAUGUGCAGUACUGCCUGCUGCGACAGGACUGACGAUGACUUUGGUGUUCCUCGCCCUUCGCCAGAUGAGGCCGCAAGGCCGAUACGUGGUGUGGUCGAGGAUAGACCAGAAGUCCUGCUUCAAGGCAAUUGGAGCAGCUGGCCUCGAACCGAUCGUAGUAGAGCUCAAGCCCAUAGAAGGUACGGAUGCCCUGGGUACUGAUCUUGAAGGUAUGCAGGCUGCUAUCGAGCGCGUCGGAGCUGACAAGGUCCUAUGUAUAUGCACAACCACCUCCACUUUUGCGCCAAGAGUGCCAGACUUCAUCGACGAAGUCGCGCUAGUGGCGAGCAAGCUGGAUGUGCCACAUGUAAUCAACAACGCGUACGGCUUGCAGUGCUCCAAGUGUACACAUCUUAUCGAGACCGGCUGUCGCCGAGGGCGUGUCGAUGCUUUUGUUCAGAGCACGGACAAGAAUUUCAUGGUACCCGUGGGUGGAGCCAUUGUGGCCGGGCCUUCCUCAGCUCUAGUCGACAAGGUCUCCAGUCUUUAUCCUGGCCGUGCAUCGAUGGGGCCUGUGCUGGACCUCUUCAUUACCCUUCUGUCGUUGGGGGUCUCUGGCUGGACGGGCCUGCUCCAGGAAAGAAAGGAGAAUGCCAAGUGGUUUGAGGAACGUUUAACAACGGUGUGCCAAAAGUUGGGCCUUCGGGUGUUGAAGGUUCCGGCCAACCGGAUUUCUUUCUGCAUCGACAUAACCUCCCUGGGAAGGGACUCGUUGAAGCUUUGUCUGGCAUGCUACCUGGCCCAUGACGCCGACAUGCCUUGGGUCGUCCGCCCGGACGGCAAGGGCGGAUCGUUCAUCCCGGAGCCGCGAAGCCGCAAGUUACAGGACAUCGUCUUGAUACAUGUGGCCAUCUGGAACUCGUCUGCGUCUGGAAACGCCGUUCGUGGCCCGGAUGUCGAAGCGCUGAAUGUGGCUCAUGGCUUGUCUGCGAAGAAAUCGGCGUUUACGCCUGACUUUGCCAAGAGGGUGCUGAACUACUCAGACCCAGUAUUCUUUUGGAUUCGCAACUUUCCGUGUCCUGAUCUACCAGCAACAAGUCCUCGUGGUGCUGCAGCGCUGUCAGAUUGUGCUCCUGGAGUGAUUCUUCUGCAUGUGCUGUGCGCUCAGCGGAAGCUUCUGCAGCUGAGGUUUGACGAAGCCCAGGAGCAGCUCGUCGAGGCCUUGAUGGCCCUCCCUUUUGCCGAAGAGUGCCUGCUGCCGAGCGCGAUGGGCUGUGGUCAUCUCGUUGCCGAAGGCAAGAGCAAAAAAGGAUAUGCCUUUAAGACUUGCUGUCGUGCGUGUGCCACUGGCAAAGGACACGACGACACCUGCCUAGGUCCAGCAGAGGUGCCGGAAGACGAAGGUUCUUCGCGGCCUCGGACAAAGAACGUCUUGGAUGCGAAUCCAGUCUUCGAAUUGAGCCCCGAGCUCUUUGACAUAGAGGAUGGUCCUCCAUCUUGUCUGGCGGCACCAGCCGAGCUGACCAAAACCAACAGGGAUGUUGGCCCAAUUCAGUGGGGCAUGACGUAUUCCCAGUUCAUGGAGUUUGUCGAAGCUUGCACGAGCACCAAGUGCUGGAAGAAUGCAGAGCUGAACAAGGACUUCGUGAACUUGUACGAUCUAAACCCUCUGCUUAUAAGAUGGACCCGGAACACUGGGGCCGGCAUCGCGUUGAGGAUGAAUCCGGCCCAGCCGGUGGACGCUACGCUUAUGGUUUCGCAUUGCUGGGGAGAGUCGAUGAAUGAAUGCAGCGAAGCACUCGAGGAGUUCAAGUCCAGACAAAGCAUCGAGCCGACAUGUGGCCUUUGGUUCUGUGCUUUCUCACAGUAUCAAGCAGGUGAUGAGCUGGAGGACGUUGGGCCCACGAUCGCAGAGCAGCUUCGAAAGGAUCCGUUUGGAACAGUUGUUCGAGCUGUGGCCAACCGCGAGGGUAUGGUGGUGGUGCACACGUCGACGCAGGAGAUCUACACCAGGUUGUGGUGCGUCUAUGAGAUUAGCGAGGCCCUCGCAGCGCGCACGGCGGUGAACAUUGCAUACUCCAUGGAGUACGUUUCGAAGCAUGCAGCAAACUUGGACGACAUGCUUCGAGCCAGGACUCGAGACGCACGUUGUGCCAAGGACAGCGAUGAGACCUACAUUCGAGAGAAGGUGGAGAAGUCUGGUGGCUGGAGCGUACUGGAUCGGAAGAUCUUCUCCUUCAGGUUGGACGCAUUGAGAGCUCUGGUAAAAAAGCAUCGGAGCACGCUUGCCGCAACUCUCCAACAUGAGCUGCAGAAGGUGGAAGGGGUCGAGCUCCAGGAAUGCCUCGCUCCCCGAGAAGAGCGUGUUUCCUCCGUGGUUGUAAGACCACAUGCAGUUACAGAGCAGAGCGUAUCUCUACAAAGCUCCACAGAUGGAGGCUUCUUGCGCAAGUACUGCUCUUUCUUCGCAGAUAUUCUUUCGCCACCCAAGAACCAGGUGCGGCCGAUUAACAUCCCACCUCCGGAAGUGGCUGAGGAGCCCGAGGAGGCGGCGGAUGCCAGCGACGAUGAGAACGAGAUGCUCAAAGAGCGACUCGAGCUGCUGAAUAACCUGCGCAACUGCAAACGCCUGCGGCCGGAGGCGGUACCGAGGUGGCCCACCUCCGCCUUCGACGUGCAAACGAACUACGUGCGCUUCUAUCGUGCAGUCUCCUACUACAUCCAAUCCGCAGAGUUGUUGGACGAUCUUCUCUGGCAGCCCACCAGGACUUGUGUCGGUGACGAGGGGUGCUCGGAGAUACCCGGUCACGUGUGCAACAAGCGAUUAAAUCGCUGCAUCCCCAUCAAAGAUGGCUGUUCGGCCGAUGCGGAGGUGUGUCCGCCUGGUGGCUGGUGCACAUCAAUUACUUCCCCUGGCGAAGAUCGCUGCAGCCUCGAGCUGUCUCCCAUAUGCAUCAGCCACGGCGAACUUCAGGCCUUCCACCCCGGCAUUGAUUGCCUGCAGCGUGUGGACUACCCCGGCAUGAUCAAGGCUUGCUCGGAGAUGGGUACGACGUUGUACCCGUUGAACUGGUCCUCAAGCCCUUCGGAGCAUCUCCUGGCAGGAGCCCAAGGUAGGGAGGCCAUGAUCCUUCCAGUGACUCUACGACUCCGGAGUCCCUGGCACAUGCUGCACUCGCUGGUGCCCGCUUAUGCACAGUCCAAAACGGACGGCCGCUACGGUCUGCUGCAGCUGGAAGGAGACUUCGAUCUUCUCAUCGUGGAUCAAGAUUUGGACAAGGACAGGCACAUCUGGGAGAAGGUGCUUGGCGACGGAGUGUCCGACACCACGAUGGGCGGUCUCGAUUUUUUGCUACGGCUCAUCAGUGACCAGCCGUACAAGCUGCUGAAGGAAGUGACAGGCAGCUGCUACCGCCGAGUUGUUUGGGGCCAUGAGCUGAUGCUGUAUUCUGGCGGUGGAUGGACGAAUGAAGCACAUAUGAGCCACUUCGUUCUUGCAGCCCGGGAUUUCGUUCAAUCGGAGAAGCUCGAGGACUCUGUUCGCGAAUCCCGACUUCUUCUGGUUGAAAGGCGAAACAGCAGCGCAUGGGGGCGAUGGAUUGACAACUUCGACAGCGUUCGGGAAGCAGCGCAUGAGUGGGUCUCAAGUCAUCCAGACCUCGUCAGCAGCCUCGAGGUUGCCGAUCUGGCGGAGUUGUCCUGGCCAGACCAGCUGCGCUUAGCGGCACGAACGAGGCUCAUGUUCGGAGCCCAUGGGGACGGUCUCAGCUGGUCCGUCUUCAUGGGCGAGGGAUCUGCCUUGGUGGAAGCAGUGCCCGCUCGGGAUGCAGGUUUCCAGGUGAAGGGGGAUGCCGAUGGAUGCUGCUCAGGCUUUCUGACAAAUGCUUCGGAGACGCAGGCCGCCGCGACACGAUCCGAAGAGGACUUAUUUCAGUGGGGCUGGAGGCAGCUCAACUUGCACAUCAACAUCGACAAGCUUCGUGCUGGUGCCUGCAGCCCAGCCCGACCAUCGCAAAGCGAUGUGACGGAGGAGACUGCCGGCUUUCAUCCACUCCAAAAUUCCCCAAAAGCCUCUCCGGAGCAGGAAGGCUUCAUGGCCAAAGCCAUCGUGAAGAAGUUCCUUACGAGGAAGGAGGGGUCUGUGCUGCGUGCAUGGGUCCAACGCCUCGAUUCAGAGUGUGAGCGCCAAGUCUCGCAGCAGCAGUUUUUGCGCUAUCUGCGAGACGCGAAGUAUCCAGAGGAUCCGACGGCCCUCUUCGAGGGGCUCGAUGAAGACGGUGGAGGGGAGCUCUCCCUGCAGGACCUGGAUGAGGAAGAUGGAAGUCUCUACUGGAACUUCCAAGAGUUCUGCGUGCUGAAGUUCCGCAAAGGUGUCGAGGAUUUCAUGCGGUCGAUGGGGAGCUCCAACGCGUGGGAGCAGAUAGAGGAUAUGAAGAUCUCUUUUGCGCAGUUUCGGGAAGGCCUGCAAUCUCUGGGUUGGGAGGAAGGUCAUGAAGAUCGUAUCUUUGAUGCCCUCAGUUUCGAUCAGAGAUUUCUCAUCAAGGCCGACAUGAAAUGGCUUGACGUGGAGUGUCGAAGAGUUGCUCGGAAGGAGAAAGCACGCUGGCUUGCGGUUCAGGAGCAGCGGCUGAGGGAGAGACGGUCCAAACAGCGCGACCCAAGCGAGACACUGCUUGAAUUCAAGAAUAUGUUGACGCGGAAGUACGGGACUCUUAUCCGUGCUUGGCGCAGGGCUCUCUGCCAGAGAGACACUAUGACGUUGCAGAGAUCUCAGUUCUUGAAGGCGUGCUCAGAGCUGGGUUGGAGAAAGGAUGUGCGAGGAAUGUGGCAGAAGAUGGACAGGGACAGCAACGGCUGCGUUACACUGGAGGAGUUCGACUAUGAGAGCGCUCAGGUCCUGGCGCACUUCAGCAAGUUCGUGACGGACAGCUUCAGAAGUUAUGAGGUUGCCUUUACGGUGUUGGAUGCAGAUCGAAACAACUACGUGCCUUUCGAGGAGUUUUCCACGAGGCUUGGCCAGCUAGGGUUCAAGCAUUCGACGGCGGACCUCUUUGCAGCUUUGGACCUGCAGAAUACGGGUCGCCUGUACCAGGAGGAUUUUCGCUUCCUGGAGAAGUGGCGACCCCGCCCUUUCCUCACAGCAGAGCCGAACGAGGAAGCUGCAGAACGGGUCAAAGCCAGGCUUCUAAAGAAGCACGUGACCUUCCUCCGUGCAUGGAAGACGGCGCUGGACAGAACCGGCAACAACCGGUGCAGCUGGGAUGAGUUCCAAAGCGCCUGCAAAGAGGUCGGAUGGAGCGAGGACGUGCCAGGUGCUUGGUGUGCCCUCGACAAAAGGAAAGCCGGUAGCCUGACGCUUCAAGACAUCGAUCCCAGUGCCGGUGAAGCUCUGGUCUCCUUUCGCGAUUGGGCGGUUGAACAGUUCGGCAGCGUCAAGACAUGCUUCAUGGUUCUUGACGAUGACGGUUCGAACGAAGUCACUUCCUUCGAGUUCAAGCAGGCAUGCCGUGCCUACGGCUACAGGGGGCCAGCCAAGCUGGCCUUCAAGGCCUUGGACACGAACGGACGUGGCGCAUUAUGCACAGAUGACGUUGCCUUCCUUGAUGAGUGGGCCGGCAGGCCUGGGAAGACGACAGAAGAGCCAGAGCCGGAGGAGCCCGAGGCGCUUGAUGAGCCACCUGAAGCAUCGCCUCGUCCGACCGAAGCCGCUUCCGGUCGCUUUCAGGAGCUGCUCCUGGAACAUGAGGAGCGGUUGAAGGCGCAUUUCGAGAAGUUAGUCGACAAGUUGUUCUUGCAGCAGGUGCUGGGUGACACCACGGAGCAUGCAGGCAAGAUUUCCAGCCCAGUGCAUCAUCCGGGGGCGGACAGGAUUAGCAGCAAGAGCACUAAAGGUUAUCAGGCCAGAGUGCCGAACUAUGUGAGACAAAUGGUCGAUGGGACACUCACGAAGCCGGCACCACUCGGAAAUAAGGUGAGGACCGGGAGCUCAAUCAACAGUUGGUCCUCGAUUGAGCAUGGUGCACGACGCAUGAAGAAUUUCUGGCUCAUCUAUGAUGUCAGCAUUAUGCUUCUCAUUUUCGUGUAUGCAUGCCUCAUGGGCGUCAACCUUCAGUGGACUAGUUCGACUGGAAAAGAGCCAGAAUGGGCACGACAUGCUGAGCUGGCAUUUUGCAUUGUGUUUUCCUUAGAUUUGAUGUGUCGCGUUGUCGUGGAGCGCCUACUCUUCUUUUUCGGACCGAUGCGAUGGUGGAACUUGUUGGACAGCGUGCUGGUGGGCAUGAUGGUAGUUUCGCAAAUCACGCAGCAGAGUGCGAUACAAAGCAUCUCUGGCUUGCGGACUCUUCGGCUACUGCGUGUUCUGCGUGUCAUGCGCCUCGCUCGAUACUUCGCAAAGUGGCCACAGUUCAGGCAGCUCCGCAUACUUGUUGCUUCCAUUGGUGAGAGCUUAAAGGUCAUGGUGUGGCUAGUUCUCUUGGCCUUCAGCAUCAUAUACAUCUUCAGUCUGAUCUUGACCGAAGGAGUGUGGCCUUCCUGCCAUGUGGGAACAGACGGCCAGGAGUUGUUGUGCCACAGGUUUGGAACCUUGGCCUCUUCCAUGAUGACCUUGUUUCAGAUUCUUUAUAAUGGGCUUCUUUGGGGCAUUCUGUGGGAUGCCAUGGAGCACUGGGAUUGGUUCUUUCUCGUCUCGUUCCUGAUGUACGUCUCGUUCUCAAUGAUCAUUCUCGGAAACAUGAUGGCAAGCUUCCUGUAUAGCCUCCAGAAGAAAGUGAGCAAGAAGGAGAAAGAGAACUUGAUACAAUCUGAGAUCGAGUCCAAGGAAGAGUUCUUGCAGCAAAUGAGUGCGGUAUUCAGAGAUUUCGAUCAGAAUGGCAAUGGUGCCAUAUCUUGGACGGAGUUUCAAAUAGCAUUGGAAGAUCAACGGAUGCAUGCAUUUUUGUCUUCACUCGAGCUGGACAUCUCCGAUGCCAUAGGAUUGUUUCAGGUUCUGGACUCAGAUGGGACUGGUGCCAUCGAGCAUUCCGAGUUUCUCUUCGGAUGCUUGCGGCUGAGAGGAGGUGCGAAAGCCAUGGACAUGGUAAGGGUUCAGAUGGAACAGGAAUGGAUGCACAGUGCCUUGCUUCAGAUGCGAUCAACGUUGCACGACUUGCAUCGGAUCGUUACCUUUGAGGGUCGCAAAACCGUGUCGUCGGAUUCGAACCUUAGAAUGGAUCACGCAAUGAGUGACGGCUCUGAGAACGAGCAAUCCGAGUGGGGCGUAACUUCAUUCGCUAUUCCACGAUUGAUCGACAGCUCACCGAUGCUGAAUGCGGAGCUUCGGACUCAAAUUCCCGCCGAGGAAAGGGCCGUUACGUUGCAAGAACUGAAGCGGAUUUCCUCCAAUGUCAUGCUGGAGAGCCGACAUGGCUGGGCUGACCAGCGGACUGGCGAGCGGGUUCCCGCUGCUGCAUUGAAUCUAUACCACUUCAGCUACCAUCACAUCCUGCCAAAAACGGCGCCUCCAGGGCAGUUGACCUUGACAUUGCCAUGGAGGGCUUCUGGCAGUGUCUCUAUACCACGGAAAGGUCAACAGGUACACCAAGUGAACGAGCACGCGGCCUUGCCGAAUGCCUCUGCUUUCGUUACGCACACGGAGGUGUCGGGGAACAGCAGCGAUUCGGAUGGUACCCUAACGCUGCACCUCCGCCUCACGAAAGGGCGUUUUACGUCCAGCCCAGAUGACGGCAGCUUAUUUGCCGACGACUCGGACUUGGGAGUGCCAAUCGAAGUUGUUUGUCAAAACUCCUUCAGCUACAAAGAGCUUUUGUCGUCUGAACCGUGUUCCCACUGGUGGGGGGAGCCCAUUGUGUCCUUUGUGAACUGUUGCCAGCGACAUGCCCACCUUCGACACUUGGAUGAUUCGGAGGCCACUUACUGGGUGUGUGGCUAUGCAAAUCGGCAACACGAACUCGAGCUUGAGAUCGGAGCCGACGACAUCAUGGCAUCUUCCUUCUAUCGCGCACUGCAAGUUGCCAGCGGAUUACUUCUAAUUCUCGACAAGGAGGCCAAGCCAUUUUCCAGGAUCUGGUGUGACUAUGAGCUCUAUGCUGCCAUUAUGGAUUCAGACAAGGAGCUCGAUAUCGUGACAAUGGCCGCUGUAGGCAGAAGGCAUCAAGCAACAGCCCAGAUGCUGAGCAAGAAUAUGCUGGCAGGCGAGUCAGCUGUGGCGAAGUCUGUGCGCGAACAGAAUUUCCCCUUGUCCUUGCUCCAGCAUGGACUUCAAGUUUGCCUCGAGGAUGGCGAAGCCACUGUGGCAAAGGACAAGCAGACGAUCCUAUCGGCCAUGGCAAACCACACGGAUCUCACAAGCGAAGAUGGUCGACACCAUUUGCAGGAGAACCUCAAACGUGCGAAUGCCACGCUGCACUCCACCUUUGCGAUUCUGGCAUGGCCUCAAGCAAUGCAGAGAGGACUAUUGCAGGACUUCAAGAAAGAUGGUGAGCUCAAGCUCCCGGAAGUCUUGCAGGCAGACGCUGGCAGACAGUCCUUGGAGCUUAGCCUUGCCCACUUUCAGGACAGCUGUGUGGACUCCGCGGUGAAGAUGUUGGCUUCUGGCUUGCCCCCGAACCUGACGGAGCUCAGGCUCAGCUUUGAGGGUUGCAAUCGCAUCACGGAUGCCGGCCUCUCGAGUUUGGGGUCGAGGUUCGGGGCCCACCUGAAGCUUCUGUAUUUGGAUUUCAUCGGGUGCAGCAAGCUGACGGACACCGGGUUGAUCGCAGUUGCUUCCAGCCUGCCCGCCGGCUUGGAGGAGCUUGAGCUUCAUUUUGCGGGCUGCACUGGAAUCGGCUCUGCAGGCGUCAACUCGUUGCGGGCGAAGCUGCCCAGAGGGCUGCAGUCCUUCAAUGCAACGUUCAAGGGGACUGGCAUCAACAAAAACUUUUCCACCAAAGCAGAGUUCGUGUCUGGGUGA